AUGGCGACGUACAAGGUGGUGAUGGUGAGGCACGGGGAGUCUGCCUGGAAUGCUGAGAACAGAUUUUGUGGCUGGUUCGAUGCUGACCUUGCUGAUUGUGGAGUCGUGGAAGCCAAGAGGGCUGCACAGCGCUUGAAAGAGAAGGGCUUCACCUUCGAUGUUGCAUUCACGAGCGUCCUGAAGCGUGCCAUCAAGACCCUAUUCUACAUUCAGGAUGGCCUCGACCUUCAUUGGAUCCCCGUGCACAAGCAUUGGAGGCUGAACGAGAGGAUGUACGGAGCCCUGCAGGGGCUGAAUAAGUCAGAAACUGCUGCUAAGCAUGGAGAAGAUCAGGUGAAAAUUUGGCGCCGGUCGUAUGAUGUUCCCCCCCCGCCUGUCGAUAAGACCAGCCCAUACUGGCCCGGCAAAGAUUGCAAAUAUAAGUACGUCGACACAAACCUCAUACCAAGAACAGAAUGUCUGAAGGAUACGGUCGCCAGGGCACUUCCAUAUUGGCAUGAUAUUAUCGUUCCUGAGAUUAAGAAAGGUCAAAAGGUCAUCAUUGCGGCCCAUGGUAACAGUUUGAGGGCCCUGGUGAAAUACUUGGACAAUAUGACCGACGAACAGAUCAUGGCUCUCAAUAUACCGACUGGCAUCCCUCUUGUGUACGAACUGAAUGCUGAUCUCCAGCCAAUCACGCACUACUACCUGGCUUCCGAUGAAGAGGUCAAGGCCGCCAUCGAUAAAGUAGCCAAUCAGGGAAAAGCUAAAUAG